AUGGUGGCACCUUCAUUGAGUUCGCGGGGGAAACCUGCGAAGUUUUUGAAGAAAGGCACAGAAACAACAAAGUCUCAUCGCUUCGAGACUUUCUCGCAACGAGUCUCGAAAUUGAAGAUCGAUCCGAUCCACCGUGUGCGACGAACCGAUUUUGGAGAGGAGGAUGGCGAGGAUGAUGAGACAUUCUCCCACUUCCGGUCCUCUUUGGACCAUUGGAGUGAAAUGAAUCUGUCUGAAUUCUUCACCGAGUUUGUUCGCCGUGUCAACUCGCUUUCGGAAAAUCUGCCGCAGGUGCUAUAUCACGAAGAAAAGAUUAUGGCGCUCCUGGUCGAGUUUAUUGAUAAGAGGGACAAAUUAUCGAUCGAGCCGCUUUUGAGUCUGCUAUCACAGUUUGCAAGAGAUUUGGGCGUACGAUUCGAAAAACACUUUGCGACCAGUGUCACUUUGGUCGCAUCCGUCGCAGCAAGUCACCCAGAUGUCGAAGUCAUAGAAUGGUCAUUCACGUGUCUCGCCUGGAUUUUUAAAUUUCUUUCUCGCCUUCUAGUGCCGGAUCUACGACAACUUUUGGGCAUAAUGACUCCAUAUCUUGGAAAAGAACGCCAGAAACCGUUCGUUGCUCGAUUCGCCGCCGAGUCCAUGUCGUUCCUGAUUCGCAAAGCUGGACUUGUGUACCACAAAAAUAAAGCCCCUUUAAAUCGCGCAAUAUCAUUCCUUUUCGAGGACCUGCGGAAUUCUACAGAGUCUCGAAGUCUCGAGACCUACAAGGAAGGCUUAAUGGUCAUGUUUUCAGAAUCCAUCAAGGGAAUCAAAGGAGGUCUAUAUUCCAAUGCUUCGGAUAUCCUCAAGUGUCUGAUAGAAAAUGCUAUCGUCAAUGAUGAGGUGCAAUUCUCAUUAGCUGAAGAAGUGGUCUGUGGUGUGCUCACAAGCAUCAUUCACGUUACAACGUCAGAAACCUUCUCCGAGCUUCUGAAAGUGGUUUGCGCAUACGUCGAGGCAGGCAAAUCUGAAAAUAAAGCAUCUCACUUAAAGCUAUCCUCGCAUUUGAUAUUUGUCUGCGUUACUACUCGAAAGGCAACACGAGUCAAAGACUGGAAGGAAGUUCACCAAUGCUUGUUAACUUUGCUACAAAGAGCAUUACAAGGGUUAGAAGUUCAUCGUGAUAGUAUUCCUCGAAUCCUCACUUCAGUUGCUUAUGCUUUGCAACUCUCGCCAAUGGAUGAAAUGAUGCCUUUUAUGCGACCUAUCAUGGAAGUCGUGUCCGACGAGCGUCUGGCACCUUACUUCUUGUCCUUUUGCUCAACCUUUUCCGAGUUCGGGCCUGAAAAAUUUCAGAUCGUCGUUCUACCAUACUUCCAACGAUUCUUGAUUUCUUCUUGGAAGGCCAAGGAGGAAGCCUUGUGUUUAUCACUCAUUCAGCUGGAGGAAGUCGGUUGUGUCACAUCCAUACCGUCACGACCAGGCUUCAUUGCUUGUCCAGCUGAAUGGAGAACGCAUAUUCUCGAGAAAUUGAAUAACCCUGGCCCGUUGGUGGAUGAGGCCGCAAUGCUCAACGCUUAUACCAAACUCCGCGCGGCAAUUUCACUUUCUAACGAUGCUGCUUUUCUUCCACAGAUAGUGCAAUCACUGCAUAGGUUGGUAACCGGAUCAUUGGAUGAAUCGGCUUGUGAAGAUAAGCCACUCGAUAUGUUCUCGAGUGGUCAAGGUUUUCAGACCUAUGUCUUUCUUGCGGACCAAUGCGAUGCACUGGAUAGAUCACUUUGGAAAUCGAUCCUGAAGGUUGGACCCGGGUUUAUCCGUCGAAUACCAUUUCUAGAGGCCACAUUAAACUAUAUUACACGACUACCCAACCUGAUUACAGAGAGCAAAGAGGAUCUAGAUUCUCUUGCAGGCGGUCUUAUUGACAAUCUUACAUCGCCGUCACAGCCGUUGAGAUUGCUCUCUUUGAAAAUACUACUCGAGCUAGCCAAAGCAACAACUGGUGAUCUUCAAAACACCAUAGGUAUCGCGAUCGAAAUUGAAGAAAGUGAACUAUCCCUGCAGACCUCCCGAUUCCUAUCUAUGCAGGUUCGCAAGCUUGGUUUACUAUACCCACAGGUUAUCGACCAUACUUGGCUUAGCAGAUUAGUACCUAAAUUCUGCUUUGGUUUAUUCUCCAAGCAGUUGGCACAACUGUGGGCGGAUUCCGCUGAAACUUUGAAAAAUGUCAGCCAACAUGCCGUUGGAGAAGCAGUCGUUACCGAAUUGUGUAUGCUCUGGCUGCAGCAUAAUGUCGAUGCCACGAAUGAUGAAUCUACAGACGAAGAGCCCGGGAAGAAUUGGUCCGACUUCAAAUGUGACAAUGCUCUAAAGAUUGAAAGCAUACUCGAGGCCAAAUUCGAAAAAGUCAAUGAUGCGAAGGAUGCUCUCAUAGAAAGCUUCAAUACAAGCCAUAAAGCGUCUGACCUGAUUCCCAUAACCGCGAGAGCUCGAUCUUUACAGGUUCUGCAUGUCAUUCCUGAGGUGGCAGAGAAGCGUUCUCGACAAAUUGUUCCUCUUUUCCUUAGGUGGGCCUCUACUGAAACGGACAGUUUGAAGGUCGUGGAAACCGACUGGAAAUCCUCCGAGGCUGUCGGAGUUCAGGAGGCGACUCCCAUUUGGGCUUACAAGGAUCGCCUGGCGCUUCUUGGCUUGUUCGAAAAGUUCAUCAAUCCACGCUCUCUUUUCAAAUCUUCUCAAGUAUAUGAUGCACUUCUUAGUCUUACUGCUCACGGAGAUUCUGCGGUGCAAAAGUCUGCACUUAAGGGUCUUUUUACAUGGAAGUCGCCUGGUGUACGCCCCUAUGAAGAGAAUCUGCUCAAUAUCUUAGACGAAUCACGCUUUCGUGAGGAGCUCUCCGUCUUCGUUCAUAUCGAUGAUGAAGACAGCAAGAUUGAGAAAGGUCACAAGCCAGAUAUCCUGCCAAUUCUUCUACGACUCCUCUAUGGGCGAAUGAUAUCCAGAGCUGCAUCGAGUUCUGGCUCUGGUGGACAAACUGGAAGGCGGAAGGCCAUUCUUCGUAUUCUUGCUCAAAUGUCUGAGCCAGACUUUGAACUAUUCGUGCAGAUUGCAUUUGGGGUUCUUUAUGAUGUGAAACUGUUAAAGGACGGCCAGAUUGAUAAUGAGUGUUUUGAUUCGGAGCUAGCCAGCGAACGGAAGCAGGUUGGUUUCCUCAAAAUGGUUGAAACGAUGCUAGAGACUCUCCAGAGUCACAUGCAUACCUACGCCGUCAAGUCAAUGGAUGCAGUGUUCUACUGUCUUGUGCGAGCCUCCCGUUUACUUGCCUUGGACUCACCGGAUCUAGAAAGCAAAGCCGCAGUGCUGCGAGAGGUUCGCAGUGUGGGUAUUCGCUGCGCCAGUAUGAUCUUCUCCAUUGCUCCGGACAUCGACUGGACGCCAUUCGUGGGUCUGCUAUUCACCGAAGUCAUCAACCCUCGACUGGAAAACUUCGCCAUCGAGAACGCGCAAGGCAUCUCUUCCUUCCAUCGACUUUUCCACGAAUGGGUUUCUGCUCCAAAGUCCGUUUUCUACUUGACACGAUUCAGCAAAGACGUCAUACCCGCCGUUGUCGACACAUUGACUGUUCCAUCUGCUCGAGAUGAUGUCAAGGUUUUUAUUCUGGAACAGAUAGUACAGCCUAUUAUCAAUCAGUCUACUGGUCGCGCGGUUGAGGAAUCCGGAGAAAUGAGCGAUAUUUCCUUCCAGGCUAUACGCGAAGAGAUACUUGCGCCAUAUGUGGACCGCAUUCUAGGCCAUCUCAGCAAGCUAUUGCAAUCAAGUCCUGCACGUCCUGUUCUUGUGUCUGCUGUGGAAACCUUAUCUCUGAUAGCACCUUGUGUGGAGACAUCGUCUGAGAUUGCCAGUCUCGUUCGUAUAUCGACCUAUCUUUUACGACAGCCACAAGACAAGAUUUCACCCAAAACCAAGUCAGGCUUAUUACACUCUCUACAGCAUUUCAUACCUUUAUCAUCAAUCGAUAAGGAUCCUGCCUUCGCCGAGGAAGUAUUUUGCACAGUGUCAUCUCUCUUCGACUAUUUCAAGGAUGACCAGAACCGUAAUGUCUUGUCUGCUGUUCUACAUGAAUUCGCCAAACACGAUCCUGAGCUGGAGGAGGUUAGCGCGCUCUGUGCUGACCUCAAUUCUAUUGACACGUCAAAGCUGGAUAGCAUUGACUAUGAUCGACGACUUGCGGCUUUCAGGAAGAUCAAUGAAAAUCUAUGGACAAGUCUAAGCCCCAAACAAUGGCGCCCUCUCUUGUUCAACAUGCUGUACCACGUUAAGGAUGAACAUGAACUUUCCAUCAGAUCGAGUGCUUCGCACGGCAUCAAACGGUUUAUUGAAAGGGCUGUAGAUGGUGAAUCGAGCCCAUCGAGCUUUGCUGCCCUCAGAGACAGCGUCUUGCUACCGGCUCUCCAGAACGGCGUGCGUCAACGAUCUGAGCAAGUACGAUCAGAAUUUGUAGUAACUUUGGGUCAUUUCGUCAAACUCAAUCCUACUCUGCCAAGUGUUCAGGACUUGUAUGUGUUAUUAGUUGCUGGGGAUGAGGAGGCUUCAUUUUUCAACAACAUUCUUCACAUCCAGCAACAUCGACGAAUGCGUGCUCUACGCAGACUUGCAAGUGAGGCUUCAAGUGGAAAGAUUAACUCCUCGAAUAUCAGCUCGGUAUUUUUUCCUUUAGUUGAGCACUUUGUGUUUAACAUCGCCGAGGAUGAGACCGCUCACAACCUAGCUGCAGAGGCUGUUGCAACUCUGGGUGGACUAGCCGAGUGGUUAGAGUGGAAUCAGUUUCGAGCGAUUUUCCGCAGAUAUCGUGCAAAUAUGACAAGCAAACCCGAGGUUGAAAGAAACAUGAUCCGAUUGCUGAGUCGUAUGACCGAUGCCUUGUCAACUGCUUUUACACAGCGUUAUCCGAAAACAAAUCCUGAGGAUACGAUGGAGGUAGACGGAGAAUCUACUCCAGAGGAGUCUGUCAAAUGCCGUUUAGCUUUGACUCUCCCUGCACCAGAAAAAAUUGCGACGGAGCUGACAACUCACUUUUUGCCAUUCUUGACGCAGUUUGUGCAUCAUAAAGAUGAAGCCCAAAUGAGUCUUCGUCUCCCUGUUGCUGUGACCAGUAUUAAGCUACUCAAACUUUUACCUGAAGAAGAUAUGGCCAUUCGUUUACCGGCAGUUCUGUUGGAUGUUUGUUACGUUCUACGAAGUAAGGCACAAGACUCCCGAGACAAUGCCAGGAAGACUCUCGCGGAUAUUGCAAUCAUUCUGGGUCCAACCUACUUUGGUUAUAUCUUGAAAGAGCUGAGGACCGCCCUGGCUCGUGGUUAUCAGCUUCACGUUCUCUCAUUCACCGUACAUUCAAUCCUCGUAUCGACUACAGAUGAGUUUGAGCAAGGCUCUUUGGAUCACUGUCUCGAGCAAGCCGUUGCAAUUGUGAUGGAUGAUAUCUUUGGAGUUGUCGGCCAGGAGAAAGAUGCCGAGGAUUAUGUCAGUCAGAUGAAAGAAGUCAAGAGCAGUAAGAGUUACGACUCAAUGGAGUUACUGGCUAAGAAUAGCUCUGUUACACGCCUGGGUGCGCUUAUAGCGCCUUUACAGAUGCUCCUUCGGGAGAAACUUACAGCUGUCUUAGUGAGGAAGAUUGAUGAGCUGUUUAGGAGAAUAGGCCUUGGCCUAUUACGAAAUCCGGGUGCUGAGAGCCGGGAUAUUCUUGUCUUUUGCUACGAAGUGAUCAAAGAAUCGUACAAAGAUACCAACGAGUCACAGGCGCCAUCUUCUACAGAGUCAGCUAGGAACCGCCGGUUUCUAAUCAACAUGAAAGGUAUGAAGAGGGGAGAGAAACGUGGAACGACCUCGUCGUAUCUCUACAAGCUAUCGAGGUUUUCGUUGGACGUCCUCCGAUCUGUUCUGAAUAAGUACAGCUCCCUUCUUACCGCAAACAAUCUUGCUGGCUUCUUGCCCAUCGUUGGAGAUGCAGUGAUUCAAUCCUAUGAAGAAGUUAAGAUCUCUGCCAUGCGUCUUCUCUCAACCAUCAUCAAGUUACCUUUACCUGAGCUCGACCGAAAUGCGUCGACCUAUCUUGCCGAGGCUGUCAAAGUCGUCAAAGAAGCUCCAAGCACCAACACGGAAGCCGCACAAGCAGCACUCAAGUUUAUCGCUUCAGUGUUGCGAGAACGAAAGACAGUUGAAUUGAGAGAUAACCAUCUCUCUUAUCUAUUGAAGCGUCUUUCGAAUGAUAUCGAGGAACCUGAUCGUCAGGGCCUAACCUUUAAUUUCAUCCGCGCUGUGAUGGACAGGAAGUUCCUUGUUCCUGAAAUUUACGAGUUGGUGGACAAUAUUGCAAGGAUGAUGGUUACCAACCAAACCAAAGCUGCUCGCGAUCUGGCUCGAGGGGUGUACGUUCACUUUUUAUUGGAAUAUCCCCAAGCCAAGUCUCGCUGGUCCAAACAGCUUGCUUUCCUUGCGAAGAACUUUGAAUACCAACACCGCGAGGGACGAGAAUCUGUCAUGGAAGCAGUGCAUCGAUUGUUGAACAAAACUGGUGGAGACCUUGGUCAAGAUAUCAUCAGCACUUUCUUCUUACCGGUUAUGCUGGUCAUGGCCAACGACGAGACUUCUGAAUGCCGUCAAAUGGCUGGUCUUCUUCUCAGUGAAUUCUUUGGAAGAGCCGAUAAAGAACGUUUACAGAUCAUGUUGAAGCCAUUACACUCUUGGCUUGAGCAGACAGAGAACAAACAACUCGCAAACACUGGUCUGCAGGCUAUGAGGGUCUUUUUUGAGGCGGAAGGUACCGAGAAAGAAAAGGAAAGCCGCUUUGUAGUUGAAACAUUGCCCGAGCUCAUCAAUCCGAUCAUUGAAGACACGGAAAGUGAGGAUUGGGAGACAGUCUAUUUCUCGUGGCAAUUGUUCCUCAAGGUAUGCAAAGCAGUACCUUCAGUUGCGUUCAGUGAAAAGUGUUUGGGCUUGUGGUCUAGCGUCCAGGAGUCUCUCUUCUAUCCACACGCCUGGGUAAAGACCUGUGCAGCAAACUUAGUUGGAUUGUGGCUUGCAGAUCUAGCAAAAACAAAUGCGACUGAAGGUUAUGCUAAUGUUCCGUUGGCUGGCAAAUAUGGUCUCCAGCUUGACAAGGAUGGAAUGAUCAAACUCGUCCGCGGCAGUAUUCGUUCUAUGCAAGUUCCAGGUGUCAGCGAAGAACUUGCUAUGCAGAGCGUCCGCAAUAUUGUCUUUUUAAGUCGAUGCUUUACAGUUAAUAGUGUUGAGUUUUCUUCAAAGGAGGCCGAGGAAGCCAAAGAGGAUGGACCAGAUGAUGAAAGCGAUGCAGAAGAAGAAAAGGUUGAUAACACGGAGGUCGCCUCGCCAAGGAGUCUCUUACGCUACAUCUUCCAGCAGAUCUCCAACAUAUUACGCCGAGAAACGAUUUCCGGAAAAGCUAGUGCACUUGUACCAAAAUCUUCAACCAUGGCUCUUUUGGCGGCAGUUUGUCGUCAUCUAGACGCCGACAAGCUUAUAGGGUUCUUGCCAAUCAUCCUUCUGCCUCUACAGCACUUGAUCGAUCCAAACAUUCCUGCUCCUCGAUCCAACGAUCCAGACUUCCAGACAGGCUGGAAGUCCCUCGUUACAAACGCACAGGAAAUUCUCGACCUGCUGCAGAAGAAGCUCGGUACAACCGAGUAUGUUGACCAAAUGGCUCGUAUCCAGGAGAAUAUCCGAGCACGCCGGGAACAACGACGGGCCAAACGUCGUAUUGAAGCUGUUGCUGAUCCAGAGAAGUUUGGCCGCGAGAAGAAACGUAAGAAUGAUAGGAAGCAUGUUAAGAGGAAAGAGAGGGGACAGGAAUUCAGGGAGCGGAGACGAGGCUUCUAG